UUAGGACUUUUACAUCGCUAUUGUGUAUUCUUUGAAUUAGCGAUUGAAACAAAUCUUUGUCAGAAAAGACAUAAUAAAUUGCAGGAAACUUUGUUCGGAGAGAUUAUCUCGAAUAUCAAUUCGACAGUGAAAACCAAUUUUUGGCUGGUUUUACAAAUUCCACUGGAAACAACCCUUCAAUAAGUGUUUAAAUUUAUCACCAUUAUUUAUCUGAAUUAGGCGUCAGCCAACCUUUCAUAUCUUAUAACAAAGAUUCUUGUAAUGGGCACUCUGUCAGACUUUGGCCAAAUAGCAAUGAAAUGGGAUCCAAAAAAUCUCGAAAUACGCACGAUGUCGGUUGAGAAAACACUGGAGCCGCUUGUUUUACAAGUUACCACUCUGGUCAACACAAAAGGACCUAGUAAAAAAAAGAAAGGUAAAUCCAAACGAGCAAGUGCACUUGUUGCUGCUGUUGAGAAAGCCACGGAAAAUUUUAUUCAGAAAGGCGAACAAAUUGCUUACGAAAAUCCCGAUAUAACUCAAGAAAUGUUGGCCGCAGUUGACGAGGUGCGAAAAUCUGGUGAUGCAAUGAGCAUUGCUGCUCGAGAAUUUUCCGAAGAUCCAUGUAGCUCUCUUAAGCGUGGAAAUAUGGUACGCGCAGCUCGAAAUCUACUUUCAGCUGUUACGCGCCUACUUAUUUUGGCUGAUAUGGUUGAUGUUCACUUGCUGCUAAAAUCAUUGCAUGUAGUGGAAGAUGAUUUGAAUCGUUUAAAAAAUGCUUCUAGCCAGGAUGAGCUCAUGAGCAACAUGAGACAAUUCGGGAGAAAUGCAAAUGAAUUGAUUAAGCAGGCUGCGAAAAGGCAGCAGGAACUUAAAGAUCCUCAACUGCGUGAUGAUCUCGCCGCAGCCCGUGCUAUGCUAAAGAAACAUUCGACAAUGCUUUUGACAGCAUCUAAAGUUUAUGUACGCCAUCCUGAGCUGGAUUUAGCAAAAGUGAACCGGGAUUUCAUAUUAAAGCAAGUGUGCGACGCAGUUAACACUAUCAGUGAUGUGGCCCAAGGCAAAUCUUGCCAGCCAACGGACAUAUACAGCGGAGCAGGAGAACUAGCUGCAGCUCUUGACGAUUUCGAUGAGGGCGUUAUUAUGGAUCCAUUGACGUAUAGCGAAAAGCGUUCUCGACAGUUGUUGGAAGAACGUCUUGAGAGCAUAAUAAGCGCUGCAGCUCUCAUGGCCGAUGCGGAUUGUACACGUGAUGAACGACGUGAGCGCAUUGUUGCGGAAUGCAAUGCUGUUAGACAAGCUUUGCAGGAUUUAUUAUCCGAAUAUAUGUCCAAUAUGGGACAAAAGGACAAUAGCCCUGGUCUCGACAGGGCUAUAGAUCAAAUGUGUAAAAAGACAAGAGAUCUUCGUCGGCAAUUGCGGAAGGCAGUAGUCGAUCAUGUUUCAGAUUCCUUUUUGGAAACAACGACACCACUUAUUGAUUUGAUCGAAGCCGCAAAAACGGGAAACGAGAAAAGCGUUCGAGAAAAAUCCGAAAUUUUCACAAAACACGCAGAGAAACUCGUAGAAGUUGCAAAUCUAGUUUGCAGCAUGUCUAAUAAUGAAGAUGGAGUCAAAAUGGUUCGAUAUGCGGCAGCGCAGAUAGAGAGUUUAUGCCCACAAGUCAUAAAUGCUGCAUCAAUAUUAACUGUCCGACCAAAUUCCAAAGUUGCACAAGAAAAUAUGACUGCUUAUCGUCAAGCUUGGGAAGUUCAAGUUCGAAUUCUUACAGAGGCAGUUGAUGAUAUAACUACAAUUGACGACUUCCUGGCUGUAUCUGAGAAUCAUAUUCUCGAAGAUGUCAAUAAAUGUGUUAUGGCUUUGCAAGUUGGGGAUGCGGAAGACUUGCGCAUCACGUCUAGUGCUAUUCAGGGAAGAUCUGCACGAGUAUGUAAUGUUGUAGAAGCUGAAAUGGAUAAUUAUGAACCAUGCAUUUACACAAAACGCGUUCUUGAAGCUGUAAAGGUAUUACGAGAUCAAGUUAUGUCGAAAUUUGAUCAACGCGUUGAUGCAGCCGUUGAAGCUUUGUUGACCAAAUCGAAUAAAGACGUCGAUGAAAAUGAUUUUAUUGAUGCAUCCCGUUUAGUAUAUGAUGGCGUGAGAGAAAUUCGACGUGCAGUAUUAAUGAACAGAAGCUCCGAAGAUUUGGACACUGAUACUGAAUUUGAACCAGUUGAAGAUAUGACUUUGGAGACUAGAAGUCGAUCUAGCGUACAUACAGGCGAUCAAACCGUUGACGAGUAUCCAGAUAUAAGUGGAAUUUGUACAGCCAGAGAGGCAAUGAGAAAAAUGACGGAGGAGGACAAACAGAAAAUAGCCCAACAAGUUGAGCUUUUCCGAAGGGAAAAGUUAACUUUCGAUUCUGAAGUGGCUAAGUGGGAUGACACCGGAAAUGAUAUUAUAUUUUUGGCAAAACACAUGUGCAUGAUUAUGAUGGAGAUGACUGAUUUUACACGUGGUCGUGGCCCACUUAAAACUACUAUGGACGUUAUAAAUGCGGCAAAAAAAAUUUCGGAAGCUGGCACGAAACUCGAUAAAUUGACUCGAGAAAUAGCUGAACAAUGCCCUGAAAGCUCAACAAAAAAAGAUUUAUUGGCUUAUUUGCAACGUAUAGCUCUUUAUUGUCAUCAGAUUCAGAUAACAUCUAAAGUUAAAGCAGAUGUGCAGAAUAUAAGUGGAGAAUUGAUCGUGUCUGGAUUGGACAGCGCAACAUCAUUAAUUCAAGCAGCCAAAAACCUUAUGAAUGCCGUGGUAUUAACUGUCAAAUAUUCUUAUGUUGCAUCAACCAAAUAUACUAGGCAAGGCACUGUUACGUCUCCUAUUGUGGUCUGGAAAAUGAAAGCACCGGAAAAGAAACCGUUGGUAAGGCCUGAAAAACCCGAAGAAGUUCGCGCAAAGGUUCGCAAGGGUUCGCAAAAGAAAAUACAAAAUCCGAUUCAUGCACUUUCUGAAUUCCAGAGUCCAGCAGAUGCUGUCUAAGCUGGCAAUUAAAUUUUGCAUUGAGUAGUAACUAAUAAGUAGCACUUUAUUUAUAAACUAUAAUCAUUGUUAUAUUACAAUGGCAUCUAACGAAAUUGAACGCAUACUUAUAAAACUAAA